AUGUCUUCGGCUCGGGUGGAUUACAUUGCGCCCUGGUGGACUUACUGGCUUCACAAUUUUCCUCAUAUCAACCUGAGGUUUCAGCCCAUUGACAACAGCUUCCAGCCCGAGGAAGAGAACUACCAGCAGUCUCUCAUAUUCCUGGGCUGUGUGGCAGCUGCGGGGCUCGGCCUCAACCUCCUGUGUCUGGCCAUCUAUCUGAGCUGUUUGUGCUGCUGCCACAAAGAUGAAGAGGAGGAGAGCAAGAAGCCCAACUCCUGCUGCGUCACCUGGUCCGCCGUCGCCGCCGGCCUCAUCACAUGCAUCGCAGUGGGUGUGGGUUUCUAUGGCAACAGCGAGACCAAUGACGGCGUAUACCAGUUGACCUACUCCCUGUACAAUGCCAAUCACACACUGGGCGGCGUGGACAGUCUGGUGACCGGCACCAUGGGCAGCAUGAAGAGCGGCCUGCACCAGCACCUCGCCAGGCUGGACGAGAUCUUCGCCACGCGGGGUGACUAUGUGCAGACGCUGCAGUUCAUGCAGCAGAUGGCCGACAACGUGAUCAAACAGCUGCUGGGCCUGCCUGACUGGGAGGAGGCUAAAGUGGACCUGGCGUCCAUCGCUGAUCAAACGGCAAACAUCGAGUACUACAGGUGGCUCACCUACCUGCUGCUCCUCAUCCUGGACCUGAUCAUCUGCCUGCUGGCCUGUCUGGGGCUGGCCAAGCAGUCUCGCUGGCUGCUAACCACGAUGAUGGUGUUUGGAGUGCUGACACUGGUCCUGAGCUGGACUUCCCUGGGAGCUGACCUGGCCGCUGCUGUGGGAACGAGUGAUUUCUGCGUGUCCCCUGACAAGUAUCUCAUGAGCCAGACAAAGGGUAUCAUCGGCACUGAUAUCGUUCAUUACUACCUUUACUGCAACCAGACUCUGUCCAACCCCUUCCAGCAGCCCCUGACCAUCUUCCAGAGGUCCCUGACCACCAUGCAGAUCCAGAUCCAGGGUCUGCUGCAGUUUGCCGUGCCUCUGUUCCCCACUGCUGAGAGAGACCUACUGGGUAUCCAGCAUUUGCUCAACUCCUCGGAGGCCAGUCUGCACCAGCUGACCGCCCUGCUGGACUGCAGGGGGCUCAACAAGGACUACCUGGAUGCAAUGGUGGGGGUGUGCUACGAUGGGGUGGAGGGUGUACUCUACCUCUGCCUCUUCUCCACCCUGGCAGCCUGUGCCUUCACUGUCAUGCUGUGUGCCAUUCCCAGGGCAUGGAGACAAAUUGCCUGCAGGGAACGAGAUUAUGAUGACAUCGAUGAAGAGGAUCCGUUCAACCCACGGGCGAGGAGGAUAGCCUCCCAGAACCCCAACCUCACCAACAUGCACAGCUUCUGCAGCUACAGCAGCAGCAUGGGCAGCCAGAACAGCCUACACCCGCCCGCCCCAGCUCUGUCCAACGCCCCCGUAUCCGAGUACAUGAACCAGACAGCUCUGUUCGGGGGAAACCCGCGGUACGAGAACGUGCCUCUGAUAGGACGAGGCUCUCCACCCCCCUCGAUAUACUCUCAGCAGUAUAGAAACCGAUACUCCCCCAGUAUGCGGGCCACCUAUCUGUCCAUGACCGAGGAACAGAUAAGACACUUUGGGAACGACUUCCAAGCAUAGACUUCUUUAUCUGACCGAGGAGGGAAACGGCAUCACACCAACACGCUCAACAGACAAAGACUGUGAGGCGACUCCAAGCACCACAGAGGACAGUGUGUACCAUCUCACUAGUCCAGGACUCAGGACAGCUGAACCAUAUCGGUACUGUUCUCUGUGCUCGUAAAUGAUUAAUCACACAUGUCUGCCCUGAGGUAUUCUUUCGGGGGAACUUGCUAAAUAUUUCUGACACGUGCUGAGGAACUUAACCUGCUCUUAAUAUGUUGUGUUCGUCAUCUACUGGUGAAGCAUCGAGGGAAGAUUUGGCUGUCUUAAUGUCCCUGAGUUCUUCAGGAAAAACACGACUAAACAUAACUUUGAUGAAAUUAAUUUUUCACUGCAGUAAAACAGCAACGUGCUCACAUUUAAAGUAACAAUAAAAGGACAAUUUUAAACUCUCCUGUUGAAAGAGAUCUCUCCAAAACUCACAUUCAGGUCUCCAAAGAGAAAAAUGUGAACAUGACAGCUGAUGUAAACGUAUUCUUUUGUAUUAUGCUUCAUGCUUGAUAUUUGUGAAGCACAAACCCAGCACUGGCAGCACACACGGGAGGUAUUGUUGAGGUAUAAUUUAUUUACAUUCACACACAGACAUGCCUGCAAGUGAAGCUUUACGUUUCUAAAUCUCCUGGAGACUACCUUGAGACCACGGCUUCUGUAUAUAAGUUGUACAAUAACAGACUGUUGUCUCAUUCUGGUGUGGUUUUAUUUUGAUUUAAACAAUGUGCCAAUUUUAUAUAUUUUUUCUAGUUUCUUGUGGCGAUGUCACAUAGAAUUUUUUUUUUGUAUUUCCUAAAGGGCCGAUAAUUCAUGUCCUCGACGCAUAUCUAAUCCAGCUAAUACAAUAAAGUUGUCCUUUCUGUUGGGAAGCUGUGCUGCUCUAACCAUGAUUAAUGAGAAUAUUCAGGUAAUAAUUUUCAACUCAAAGCAUCCAAACAGUACAUGCUUGUACUGACUAACAAUGAUUUUCUGUAGGGAUUUAAUACAUGCAGUUUUGUUUAUUAAUUAUUUUUGGUAAAUGUCAUUUCUUUGAGCAUGUUACAUUGUACAGGCACUCAGAAUGGUGCUUAAUUUUGUGUGUGACCCCUAAAAUUCAGGGUCUAAUUGUGAGUUGAAUAAAUCAGUUUUGAGUACA